AUGACGACGAAGGUGUCAUCCAAAUACCGCGCAGAGAAUUUCGGUCUGUGGUGUUGGAAGACCAGCGACUCCAGCCACUGUAGGACCGCCUUAGUUAUAAGUCCCGAAAUCGGUGAAUUCAUUGGUGUCUCCUUUCACCUGCUCUUACAUUGUUCCGUCAAACGUGAAGUACGUCCGGAGACAGAACUUCAGGAGCUGGGGGAUUUGGGCAGGUCCAAGGUGAUUCUCCUUCUCAUGUUAUUUGCUUAG